AGAAGGAGGUAGAGAAGAGCGGAGGAGAGGGGAGGGAGCGCAGCUUGGUUGCUCCGUAGUACGGCGGCUCGCGAGGGAGAAUCCCUAGCGGGCUCCGGGACGCACGGAGAGGCGGGCAGGCGGGCGGGGAUGGUGUGUUGGGCUGAGGCUCCUGCGUCCCUCUCCGCCGCAAGGGAGCUGCACUGAUUUGUCCCUGGGGCGGCAGCGCGGACCCGCCUGGAGAUGAGGCGUCGAUUAGCAAGGUAAAAGUAACAGAACCAUGGCUCAGUUUCCAACACCUUUUGGAGGCAGCCUGGAUAUCUGGGCCAUAACUGUAGAGGAAAGAGCAAAGCAUGAUCAACAGUUUCAUAGUUUAAAGCCAAUAUCCGGAUUUAUUACUGGUGAUCAAGCUAGAAACUUUUUUUUUCAAUCUGGGUUACCUCAGCCUGUUUUAGCACAGAUAUGGGCGCUAGCUGAUAUGAACAAUGACGGGCGAAUGGAUCAAGUGGAGUUUUCCAUAGCUAUGAAACUUAUCAAACUGAAACUGCAAGGGUACCAACUCCCUUCCACACUUCCCCCUGUCAUGAAACAGCAGCCGGUCGCUAUUUCUAGUGCACCAGCCUUUGGAAUAGGAGGCAUCGCCAGCAUGCCGCCACUCACAGCUGUUGCUCCGGUGCCAAUGGGAUCCAUUCCAGUUGUCGGAAUGUCUCCACCUCUAGUAUCUUCUGUUCCUACAGCAGCAGUGCCUCCCCUGGCUAACGGGGCUCCCCCUGUUAUACAACCUCUACCCGCAUUUGCUCAUCCUGCAGCCACAUUGCCAAAGAGCUCUUCCUUCAGUAGAUCUGGUCCAGGGUCACAAUUAAACACUAAAUUACAGAAGGCACAGUCAUUUGAUGUGGCUAGUGCCCCUCCCGCCGCAGAAUGGGCUGUUCCUCAGUCAUCCAGACUGAAAUACAGACAGUUAUUCAAUAGUCAUGACAAAACUAUGAGUGGACACUUAACAGGUCCCCAAGCAAGAACUAUUCUUAUGCAAUCAAGUUUACCACAGGCUCAGCUGGCUUCAAUUUGGAAUCUUUCUGACAUUGAUCAAGAUGGAAAACUCACAGCAGAAGAAUUUAUCCUGGCUAUGCACCUGAUUGAUGUAGCGAUGUCUGGCCAACCACUGCCACCUGUCCUGCCUCCAGAGUACAUUCCGCCUUCCUUUAGACGAGUUCGAUCUGGCAGUGGUAUAUCUGUCAUCAGCUCAACGGCAGUAGAUCAGAGGUUACCAGAGGAACCAGUUUUAGAAGAUGAGCAACAACAGCUAGAGAAGAAAUUGCCCGUAACAUUUGAGGAUAAGAAGCGUGAGAAUUUUGAGCGUGGCAACCUGGAACUGGAGAAGCGGAGGCAGGCUCUCCUGGAACAGCAGCGCAAAGAGCAGGAGCGCCUGGCCCAGCUCGAGCGCGCGGAGCAGGAGAGGAAAGAGCGGGAGCGCCAGGAGCAGGAGCGCAAGAGACAACUGGAGCUGGAGAAGCAACUGGAAAAGCAGCGGGAACUCGAACGGCAGAGAGAGGAGGAGAGGAGGAAGGAAAUCGAGAGACGGGAGGCUGCAAAACGAGAACUUGAAAGGCAACGACAACUUGAAUGGGAACGGAAUCGAAGACAAGAACUACUCAAUCAAAGAAACAAAGAACAAGAAGACAUAGUUGUACUGAAAGCAAAGAAAAAGACUCUGGAAUUUGAAUUAGAAGCUCUAAAUGAUAAAAAGCAUCAACUAGAAGGAAAACUUCAAGAUAUCAGAUGUCGAUUGACCACCCAAAGGCAAGAAAUUGAGAGUACGAACAAAUCCAGAGAGUUGAGGAUUGCAGAAAUCACCCAUCUACAGCAACAGUUACAGGAGGCUCAGCAAAUGCUUGGAAGACUUAUUCCAGAGAAGCAGAUACUCAAUGACCAAUUAAAACAAGUUCAGCAAAACAGUUUACACAGAGAUUCACUUCUGACACUCAAAAGAGCGUUAGAAGCAAAAGAAGUGGCUCGUCAGCAGCUCCGAGACCAACUGGAUGAAGUUGAGAAAGAAACCAGGUCGAAACUACAGGAGAUUGAUAUUUUCAAUAAUCAGCUGAAGGAACUGAGAGAAAUACAUAAUAAGCAACAACUCCAGAAACAAAAGUCCAUAGAGGCCGAACGUCUGAAACAGAAAGAACAAGAGCGAAAGAUCAUAGAAUUAGAAAAACAAAAAGAAGAAGCCCAAAGACGAGCUCAGGAGAGGGACAAGCUGUGGACUGAGCACACGCAGCCGGACAAUGAGCAGCAGCGGCCAAGGAAGAUUCACGAUGAAGAGAAACUCCGAAGGGAGGAGAGUGUCAAGAAGAAGGACGGCGAGGAGAAGGGCAAACCGGACACACAGGACAAGAUGAGUCGGCUUUUCCAUCAGCAUCAAGAACCCGCCAAGCCAGCUGUCCAGGCACCCUGGUCCACCACAGAAAAAGGCCCACUUACAAUUUCCGCACAGGAGAAUGUAAAGGUGGUGUAUUACCGAGCGCUCUAUCCCUUUGAAUCCAGAAGUCAUGAUGAGAUCACGAUCCAGCCCGGAGAUAUAGUAAUGGUUAAAGGGGAAUGGGUGGAUGAAAGCCAAACUGGAGAACCGGGCUGGCUUGGAGGAGAAUUAAAAGGAAAGACAGGAUGGUUCCCUGCAAACUAUGCAGAGAAAAUCCCAGAAAACGAGGUUCCUGCUCCAGUCAAACCUGGGCCCGACACGACCUCUACCCCUGCACCCAAACUGGCCGUGCGUGAGACCCCCGCUCCUGUGGCUGUGACCGCUCCAGAGCCCUCCACGACCCCCAACAACUGGGCUGAUUUCAGCUCCACGUGGCCCACCAGCACGAAUGAGAAGCCAGAAACCGACAACUGGGAUGCGUGGGCAGCCCAGCCCUCACUCACCGUCCCAAGUGCAGGCCAGCUACGGCAGAGGUCAGCCUUCACUCCAGCCACGGCCACGGGCUCGUCUCCAUCCCCUGUGUUAGGCCAGGGUGAGAAGGUGGAGGGGCUACAAGCGCAAGCCCUGUAUCCUUGGAGAGCCAAAAAAGACAACCACUUAAAUUUUAACAAAAAUGAUGUCAUCACCGUCCUGGAACAGCAAGACAUGUGGUGGUUUGGAGAAGUUCAAGGUCAGAAGGGUUGGUUCCCCAAGUCUUACGUGAAACUCAUUUCAGGGCCCAUAAGGAAAUCUACAAGCAUCGAUUCUGGUUCUUCAGAAAGUCCCGCUAGUCUAAAGAGAGUAGCGUCUCCAGCAGCCAAGCCAGCCGUUUCAGGAGAAGAAUUUAUUGCCAUGUACACUUACGAGAGUUCUGAGCAAGGCGAUUUAACCUUUCAGCAAGGGGAUGUGAUUUUGGUUACCAAGAAAGAUGGUGACUGGUGGACAGGAACAGUGGGCGACAAGUCUGGAGUCUUCCCUUCUAACUAUGUGAGGCUUAAAGAUUCAGAGGGCUCUGGAACUGCUGGGAAAACAGGGAGUUUAGGAAAAAAACCUGAAAUCGCACAGGUGAUUGCCUGCUACACUGCCACGGGUCCCGAGCAGCUCACCCUGGCCCCUGGUCAGCUGAUUUUGAUCCGAAAAAAGAACCCAGGUGGAUGGUGGGAAGGAGAGCUGCAAGCACGUGGGAAAAAGCGCCAGAUAGGCUGGUUCCCCGCUAAUUAUGUAAAACUUUUAAGCCCCGGGACGAGCAAAAUCACUCCAACGGAGCCACCGAAGCCGACGGCGUUACCGGCAGUGUGCCAGGUGAUCGGCAUGUACGACUACAUCGCCCAGAACGACGAUGAACUGGCCUUCAACAAGGGCCAGAUCAUCAACGUCCUCAACAAGGAGGACCCCGACUGGUGGAAAGGAGAAGUCAAUGGACAAGUGGGGCUCUUCCCCUCCAACUACGUGAAGCUGACCACAGACAUGGACCCAAGCCAGCAAUGGUGUUCAGACUUACACCUCUUGGAUAUGCUGACCCCCACUGAAAGAAAGCGGCAAGGAUACAUCCAUGAGCUCAUUGUGACAGAGGAGAACUAUGUGAAUGACCUCCAGCUGGUCACAGAGAUCUUUCAGAAACCCCUGAUGGAGUCUGAGCUGCUGACAGAGAAAGAGGGUGCUAUGAUUUUUGUUAACUGGAAGGAGCUGAUUAUGUGUAAUAUCAAACUACUGAAAGCGCUGAGAGUCCGCAAGAAGAUGUCUGGGGAGAAGAUGCCUGUGAAGAUGGUCGGCGACAUCCUGACCGCCCAGCUGCCGCACAUGCAGCCCUACAUCCGCUUCUGCAGCUGUCAGCUCAAUGGGGCUGCCCUGAUCCAGCAGAAGACGGACGAGGCCCCGGACUUCAAGGAGUUUGUCAAAAGACUGGCAAUGGACCCUCGAUGUAAAGGGAUGCCACUCUCUAGUUUUAUACUGAAGCCUAUGCAACGGGUAACAAGAUACCCACUGAUCAUUAAAAAUAUCCUGGAAAACACUCCUGAAAACCACCCUGACCACAGCCACUUGAAGCACGCCCUGGAGAAAGCGGAGGAGCUGUGCUCCCAGGUGAACGAAGGGGUGCGGGAGAAGGAGAACUCCGACCGGCUGGAGUGGAUCCAAGGCCACGUGCAGUGUGAAGGCUUGUCCGAGCAACUUGUGUUCAAUUCAGUGACCAACUGCUUGGGGCCACGCAAGUUUCUGCACAGUGGGAAACUCUACAAGGCCAAGAGCAACAAGGAGCUGUAUGGCUUCCUCUUCAACGACUUCCUCCUGCUGACCCAAAUCAUAAAGCCCUUGGGCUCAUCUGGCACGGACAAAGUCUUCAGUCCCAAAUCGAACCUGCAGUACAAAAUGUACAAAACACCUAUUUUCCUGAAUGAGGUUCUAGUAAAAUUACCCACUGACCCUUCUGGAGAUGAGCCCAUCUUCCACAUCUCCCACAUUGACCGAGUCUACACCCUCCGAGCCGAAAGCAUAAAUGAAAGGACUGCCUGGGUGCAGAAAAUCAAAGCUGCUUCAGAACUCUAUAUAGAGACUGAGAAAAAGAAGCGGGAGAAGGCGUACCUGGUCCGUUCCCAAAGGGCAACAGGUAUUGGAAGGUUGAUGGUGAACGUUGUUGAAGGCAUUGAGCUGAAACCCUGUCGGUCACAUGGAAAGAGUAACCCGUACUGUGAGGUGACCAUGGGCUCCCAGUGUCACAUCACCAAGACGAUCCAGGACACUCUGAAUCCCAAAUGGAAUUCCAACUGCCAGUUCUUCAUCAAAGACCUGGAGCAGGAGGUCCUCUGCAUCACCGUGUUUGAGAGGGACCAGUUCUCUCCAGACGAUUUUUUGGGUCGGACAGAGAUCCGUGUGGCCGACAUCAAGAAGGACCAGGGUUCCAAAGGCCCAGUUACAAAGUGUCUCCUGCUACAUGAAGUCCCCACAGGGGAGAUUGUGGUCCGCUUAGACCUGCAGCUGUUUGAUGAGCCAUAGGGAGCAGGCCCUGGUGUGCUGGUAGACUUCCUACAGCCCAAGGCAGCAGGUGGGAUCUGGACAUGGGGUUGCUUUUCUAAGACCACCGUUGGAUGUUCAGCCACAGGGCAACGGGACAGUGAAGACAGGCCCCUCAAAACUUUUAGGAAUAAUUCUUGACAAUCCUUCCCCCGCCCCCAAACAAGUUCCCAUUUUAUGAAGCAGAACUGUCUUCCUUCAUCCUCACUGCAGGCCUCAUCAUGGCUUCAAGGGUCUUUGAAAUCCCAUAGCCCCCAGCUAGAUUUGGUUGGGAGUCUGGCCCAUCCCUGGGCUCGAGGUUUGGGUCUGGUCACUGUAAAAUAGAUUUAUAAAUGCAAUGUCUGUAUUUUUGGAGAACUCAUGUAACCUUCCACCAGUCCCCAGAUAGGCCCCUGGGGCCAUGAUGCCUAGUCCUUCGUGUGUUUUAGAAGUAACUAUGAAGGUCUUGCCAUUGCUUCAGAAUCUUAUUCCCCCACCGGGACCUUAUUUGAAAUGCUGCCCUGGAUAUGAUCAGUCGGGGAGGUGGUCUCCAAAUCAGACAGUGGGCUAGCUCUUUGAAGAGCUGGUCCAUGGAAGAUUCUAGCAGGUGCAUUGUUAGAGCCCUUCCAGUGCCCUCCAGGUCUUUUAUUGAUAGAUGUCAAUGAAAACUAUCACUAGCUACCUUCAGGUGACCCAGUUUUGAUUUCCAGCAUGCUUGGAAGAUGGUUAAGGAAGCUUGUUAUCUACAAAGUUAUACUUUGUUGGAUUAGAUCACCACAGGUCACCUGAAAGGCUACUUUACAAUGUCAUUGGGCCCUGGUUGCCAGCCCAGUUGGAAAAUUCUCUUUGGUUUGGAGGUCCUAUGAUGUUUCAUGACAAGAGUAAUCUCUGGUGACCAGCUCUGAGCCUGCUUUUGCUUGAAUGUGCCGGAUCCUGAUUGUCAUGAGAAAUUCUAGCAGCUGUCUUUGGUGUGUUCCCAAGAAAGAAACGUCCCCAAGACGUGAAAAGGAAAAGUCACGAUCCGGAAGUGGGAUGGAAAGAUGUAAAGGAACUCCAUUACAUGCUGGGGGGAAGGCCCUAGGAGCGUACACGCCUCACAAAUCUGGGGAGGAAGACCCAAGACUCGUUCCCAUAUUCUUCCAUACGCAACCAACCUCUCAGUAAUGGAAACCCAUGUGCUUGUUGCCAGAGUCAGGAACGUAUGACCAUGUGCCAAGCUGUUUGAUUUGAGUUCUUUGAUUUUUUCCCCCCCUUAAUAGCCAGGAGAUAGGCUGGUUAACUAGAUAAUAACUCGAUUUGCUAAUGAUAAGUGUGGGCCGUAUUUUGUUCGCAUGUUAAUGUUCUCCUAAUCCCAGUUUGUUGUGGUCAUGACAUGUUCUUUGCAUGUUCUCUUGGUACUGGAGUCCAGCUUUCCUGUGUUAGACAGUGUUCUCUUCGAUUGUAGGUCCUAAUUUAACUAGGGUUGUAGAAGUGCUUUGUAAGUGGUAGCAUUAACAUAGUGGCCGAGUCUCCACUUUGCUGGGAACUGAAUGCAUAGUGUCAUAAUUUCCCAUAAGAGCUCUGUCAUAUUUCAAGCAAUUUUUAAAAUGUGUGUGUUAGAAAGGGCGACAAAGUUUACAUUUCAUACUUUUAAGAAACACUUUAUUAUUUAUUUAUUGAAGAUAGCGUAGAAUUUUGUAUCGCGAACAAACAGACAUGAGUAUUUUUUAAAACAGACACACCCUUUAGUUAGAAACUUUCAACUGAACACUGUUACAGACCAAGGUGAACUUCAGGCAUGCAUUUGUUUACCACUUCCCAGAAGAAGAUAUAGUGAAAAUACCUUAGGUUUAUAUUUUUUUGACGUUGUUAAGAAACUGUGUGGAAUUAAAUCUAUAAAUAGACAUACAACUUAUGCUUUCCUAUUUCUAUACCCAAUACAGUUUGUUCAGUGUAUUCGUGAAGGACGUGUUCUAUGGUAG